GGAAGGUUGGAAACUGCUGUGGGACCGUCCUGCUGCCUGGGAGGCGCUACCAAAAGUUCUGGCUCGGAUUCGUACAACAAAAUAAGACUAAUUAGCACGGGAGCAGUUACAUGAGUAAUUGUGAAGGAAUUUAUAUCCGUGUAUAGUGGAAAAUAAAGUAAUCUGCAAAGAUGACGAACACAAGAGGAAAAAGGCGUGGAACCCGUUAUAUGUUCUCCAGACCCUUCCGCAAGCAUGGCGCAGUUCCUCUGUCAACUUACAUGCGCAUCUACAAGAAGGGUGAUAUUGUGGACAUAAAGGGUAUGGGCACGAUCCAAAAAGGUAUGCCCCAUAAAUGUUACCAUGGCAAGACUGGCAGAGUUUACAAUGUUACACAGCACGCUGUAGGAAUAAUUGUAAACAAGCAGCUCAGGGGCCAGAUUCUUGCCAAGAGAAUCAAUGUUCGUGUUGAGCACAUUCGUCACUCUAAGAGCAGAGACAGCUUCCUCCAGCGCGUGAAGGAGAAUGAGAGGAAGAAGAAGGAGGCCAAGGAAAAGGGAAUAUGGGUGGAGCUUAAACGCCAGCCUGCCCAGCCCAGAGAAGCUCAUUUUGUUCGGACUGGGGGUGUCGAGCCACAGCUGCUUGAGCCUAUUCCAUACGAGUUCAUGGCAUAAAUGAAAUAAAGAAUAUUUCUUUUGGAAACUGA